AUGGCCGACGACCCCAGCAGCCCUGCGGAAGCUCCGCUCGUCGUACGUCGCCGCCGCCCGCGCACCAAACCCACCACGCCCUAUGUCCGAAACAAGACGGGUCCAAAGAAGCCCACGUAUAAGACCUCGGCACAGCCUGUCAAGGCUUCUCGCGAGAAUCUGACUCUCGGUGACUGGAUCACAGUCCGAGAUUUUGUCGACGCAAAUCCUGGCAUGACACAGCCGGCCGUCGUUGCCCAUUUUCGGGAACGUGCUGAGGGGAAGCUCAUCUUCAGCCAGUCCGCUCUUUCCCGCAAUAUGAAUGCCGAAGGUCGUGCUGCUCUCGAAGCACGGCGCACUUCAACCGCGAAUGCGCUCAGCAUGAAGCGGGCUCGUGUUGUCACACGCCCAGAUGUUGAACACGCACUCUGGCUUUGGCAACAGAGCAUGGAGGCACGCGGGGAAACACCCAACGGCCCGAUGCUUGAAGCGAAACGGGCGCGUUUCGAGCAACUGUUCGACGUUCCGCAGGAGGAACGCAUGACAAGCAAUGGUUGGCUAAAGAACUUCACGAAUGCCUACGGUUUAAAGACACUUCGGCGCCAUGGCGAGGCCGGAAGUGUAGAUCUUGAAGCCGUCGCGAAAGAGCGGGCACGUCUCGCGCCAAUCAUCGCUCAGUACGACCCCAAGGAUACACUCAAUUUUGACGAGAGUGGCUUGUUUACGUUCGCUGUCCCCGACCGGGGAUUCGCAACGAAGAAAAUGUCUGGCAAGAAGCAGAAUAAGAAGCGGAUCACCAUUGGCUUUCUGGUCAGCCGCGCCGGCGAUCGUUACGAACCGUUCUUUAUCAACAACGCCAAAAGCCCUCGAUGCUUCAAGAAGAAGAAACCGACGGCUCUUGGCCUCCUCUAUCGUUCCAACAAAAAGGCAUGGAUGACCUCGGCUCUGUUUGACGAGUACAUUCGCGAUCUCGACGUUGACUUUCGCCGUCAAAACCGCCAUGUCCUCUUGCUUCUCGAUAAUUUCUCUGGCCACACCAUCGCUUACAAGCCGUCGAACAUCCGGCUCGAGUUCUUCGAGCCGAAUAUGACGUCGUUCGUUCAGCCACUCGAUGCCGGCGCGAUUCGCGGCUUCAAGGGGAAUUAUCGACUCAUGCAGUGCCUUCGUGCUGUCGAGCUGGACGAGGCGGGCGAGGAGGACUUAUUCAAGAUGGAUGUCUUAGAAGCAAUGCUUCUGGCAAAAAAGGCAUGGUCGAAGGUCACGGCGGAGACGGUGCAGAACUGCUGGCGUCACACAGGCAUCGCUGGCCCUAUUCCUGCUUCCAACCCGAGCGAGCCCACCUCUUCCCCAUCACCCUCUUCGCCUUGUGCACUUGACAACUCUACUGCGGCACCCAGCACGACCACGUCUGACCGACACACCCAAGCCUGGGCCCUCGUGCGCGAAUUCGCAGAGCCGGCGUGUUCGUGGUCAUUGCCCGAUGUUAUGUCACGGGUUGAAACCAUUCUGGGCGCGGAUUACCGUGCCGCAGACUGGCAAAGUGCCUUCGACCUUGCAUGCGAGGGAGAGGGAGGUCUCGAGACGACCCUUGCUGCCCUCGACGCAGAGGAAACGAAGAGACGCGGUUUAUCGACCCGGGCCGCGUCACGCACGCAGCAAGAGGCUCCUGCGCGUUACGCACCUUCGCGUGACCGCGACGCAACCGACGCGCAACUGCGGGGCGUUCUCGACGACUUGCACAACCGCAAUCGCCUGCACGGCCAGCCCAUCGCCCUGGAGGAUUUCUUGGAGGACGAGGACGAGAAGGAGAUCGGCGGUGAUCCUCGAAUCCCGUCAGAUGACCUCGGCAUUGUCGAGGCCGCGAAGAAGGCUGUCGCGGUCGGACAAGCAGGGCAUCCUGUCUUGCCCGAGUGCGGCAACGAGGAAAGCGACGAAGAAGACGAGCUGGCUGGCGACGGCGAUGACACAGCCGAACCCAGCUUUUCCGAUCUUCAUGGGAUGUGCGCGGCACUCGAAAAGAUAAGCCUCACCUACGCCGGUGCAGGGGAUCUCGAUGUGCUUGCAUUUCAAGCCCAGCUUCGUAAGCUUCGGUCGCAGCUCCGUAAAUCGCAAGAAGAGACUCUGAAGCAGACUUCCCUCAUGAGCUACUUCAAGUGA